AAAAAUUUUUGGAGUUUGAUCCAACGUUAUAACGGUCUGAGUCUCCACAGGCAGACAGCCUCUCCUGAAAAUCCAGUGUGUAACUUUAUUGCUCUCCUAUUUUUCCAAGAUGAACAGAAUUAUUCUCCAGCUCUUUGCUGUCGGAUUCUGCUUUGCAGUCGGUAAGAUACUAACAGUAAUUGUGUGUGUUUGCCGUCACUCCACAGCCAAAGUCAUUGAUAUCCAGAUGAAGGGCUGUCUAGAAGUGGCCAAGUGCAACAUGACCGAAGACGUGAACUUCCCCAGCAGCAGCUCCAACGCCACCGUCUACACCGUGACCAAGACAUGCUGCAACACUGACCUGUGCAAUGCUGCGCCCGGUCUGCCCGGGGCCUCCGGGCUGAGCCUGGCCUUCGCCACCAUCGCUGCUCUGUUUAUGGCCAACAUCCUGGUUUGAUUGAAAACAGUGGAUGACAGAUUACAAAACGUGCGCGUCCACACACACACACACACACACACACACACACACACACACACAUAAAACACACACUACAUAUUGAACACACACCAGCACUACAAGGAUUAAAUUAUCUCCUCAGACAUGAUUUUUUUCUCCACACGUGUUCUUUGCUCUUGAAGUGUACUGUCACACAAAUGCUAAUGCAAGUUUAAAUCCCCCCCCCCCUCCUUUUUUUAAUCAGUAAGAUGUCCCAGUCCUCAUUUCACUUUAAGGAGUAUCUAAAUGUUAGUUUACCAACAAUUUAGAGUAACACAAGACAUCAAAGGUGAUUCAAGGAGUCCACCACCUGCUUACAAUGAGUACUGUAAAGUUUUGAUAAAUGAAUCAUGUGUUGUGUAAGUAAAUUGUUUUGUAGGUCAAUUGGUGUUGUUCAAGGGCUUCAAAAUGAGCCAUCACAUAGGGGCCAGAAACUGCGGAGGCUUGCUCCAGAAGCGAGACAGUCCUCAUACACACCUAUAUUAAAAUGUCAACUUGACAGCAGAAAUAAACAUGUUUACAGGCCGGUACAAAGUAUGGUUUUGGGUCUAUAUCGCAAAUUUUCACUAAUCCGCAUGUAGAUAUAAGAUAUAAGAUGGCGAUGGCCAGAAAACAGGUGUCCACAAACCAAUGAGAGAUUAUUUUUGGUGCCAUCAUACAGUAGCUUAAAGGAAUAGUCCAACAACUUGGCAAAAUUUAUUCACCUUUUUUCCCCCCAAGAGUUAGAUUAGAAGAUUGAUGCCACUCUCGUUUCUUUCCAAAUAAAUAUGAAGCUAUAACCAGCAGCCAGUUAACUUAGCUUAGCAUAAAGACUGAAAACAGGAGGAAGCAGAGAGCCUGAUGCAGUCCGACGGAAAAAGAAUUUACCUACUAGCAACUUUAAAGCUUUCUAGUUAACAACUUAAAUAUUGAGCUUUGAAAGUGGUAGUAAGAUUUUUUUUAACUAUUUGACAGAGCCAGGCUAGCUAUUUCCCAGCUUUCAGUCUGUAUGCUAAGCUAACAGGCGGCUAACUGCAGCUCCAUGUUUACCUUACACAUGUGAAAGUGGUAUUGUCCAUCUCUUCUAACUCUUGACAGGAAGAGGAGCAAUCUAAAUUCACAAAAUGUUGAACUGUAUCGUCAUUUUAGAGUCGUUUUAUUACAAAUAUUGUGAUUUCAAAGCACCUAAGAACAUUUCCGUUUGUAUUCAUUUCUUUUAUUGCCAUUUGUUUGCUUUAUUAUUAUGUAGCUAACAUUAUGUAAAAUAUCUUUUGGCUUAUGUCUGGUAGUGUCUGUGAAAAUAUUUCUUUUGGUUUAGCUGGUUCUUCUAUUUUGACACAAAUAGCUCCAUCAGUUCUGUUUAAUCUGUUUUAUUUUUUGAUAUUUGUGUCAGAUCCACACUGCACAUUAUUCGUUAAACUGUGGGGUAAAUGCUUAUCUUGCUAGUUUUGAAUGUAUAUAUGGGAAGAACGGGAUAAAAUCAAUCAUGUUUGCAGAAAUAGAAAUGUAAUGAGAUUGCAGCAAUUUGAAAUAUGUCAGGGCCAAUGUACACAAAUCAUUAAAGUUGAGUUCCUGAAAUUGACACUUUUGGCAUUAUUCUCCAAAAAAGAAACAUGUCUGAAUGUUUUUGCAAAAUUGGUUAUGUAGACAAUCCCAAGAAUGCAAUAAAUGUCCAACUGGGAAAAAUAA